CACAGCUCAGCAGACUUUGCUCCGGAUGCAGGAAGUCCUCGUCAGGCAGCAGCUUCACUCAACUGACUCGGGUCAUUGGGACUAACUGGGACGACUGGGAGCUUUAUUGCAGCGGGACAGGUGAUGUUUCCUGUGGAACACACGAGAGUGAAGAGACGCCACAGGUGUCAAUUCACUGUGGGACGUCUGAGUUCCCUGCUGACAGAUCAAAUCUCUUUGAAGCUCCGCCCACUGCAGACAAACAUCAUGAAGUCAUCAUCAUCAUCAUCACCAUCAUCUACCUCAGUGACAGCAACAGAAGCUCAGCUCGCGUCCUCUUCAUCGUCUCCUCGUCCUCCUCCCAGUCUGCAGAGUCCAGAGCUGCAGGACGAGUUUCUGAGGGCGUGCCGGAUCAAGUUUAGGUCUCGUAGUGACAUCACUGAGUCCUGUGACUCCUCCCCCCUCUCCCCCUCCUCCCCUGUGUCCUCCCCCUGCACUCCCACUCUGACCUCGUCCCCCCAGAGCUCCUCGUCCUCUCCGGGCUUCAGCAGCAGACAAGCCCGUCUGUCGCUGUCCAGCCCAGAGCUCCUGUCAGAGCUGAAAGACUCAAAGACACGCCCCCUCAAACAUGUCCCCGCCCACCACGGACUGACCACCGUCUUCUCAGGACAAGGAAGAGGAAGAGGAAGAGGAAGAGGAAGAGCGAGUCCUGACUGAGUGAAGUGUGAACCACUGACAUCACACAUCUGAUUCAGUGUGACUUCACUGCCUGAUGACAUCAUCAUCCCUGAUGUCUGUCCAGAACAGACGUCCAGGAAUCCACUGAGAAAUCAGAGACAACAGACCAUUCAGAACUCCCUUUAGAAUCCUCAUAUUUUAAGGUUUCUCCAGUAUCACAGUGAUCCAGUUCAUCCAUGAACACACUGCUAACAGGAUGUGCUAACAGCUAAUUCUGCUAACUUUGGAUCAACACUGUUUGACUGAACCCGACUGUACGGUGCUGUUAGCAUGUUAGCAUGUUAACAUCUGUCAGAUUUGGACUUCCUCCUUCUUCACAUGAAAAUCAGAUGUAGUUUUAAUUCUAUGACCAGUUGAUAAAGAUAAAACUGUCCUCUUCUCCCCCAGGUCUCUGGCCACGCCUCCUCCACACAACCAGCCAAUCCGAAGACUCCACACUGAUCAACAGCACCUGGACCAGAGCCAGAACCAAGACCGCUGAACCUCUCUGGUUCUGUCACUGAUUAUUCUCUGCUGAUUGUUUCAAACUGAGCCUGAAAAGAGGAACCCGACCCUGCGGUUGUAUCGAUGUAAAUUACUCUUUGAGAUUCAGAGAAACUGGAAAUAAAAAGUAUUAACACAA